UAGAAUUACAAGUACUAUAUAUAAGAGUGUAGUGAUAACAAAUUCAAAUAAAGUACGUUAAUUAGGGAAGAGAUUAAUAUUCAAAGAAUUAAUCAAAAUGGAUUCUUCUAGUAGUAGAAAUAAUGAAGAGGACUUAAUUAAUCUCUGGUUGAGAGAUGAACCAUUGGAACAAGAAGAAGAAGAAGAAGAACAAGAACCAUUAUCAACCAUUGAUUUCACAUCUUUGAGUCCUCAUGUAGAUGAGAUCAUUACAGAAGAUGUUUCUAAUAUGGCAACACCACAACUUGCGUUAGCACCCGAAUUGGCACGUGCAACCGCGCCCGCGCCUGCACCCGAAUCACCUGAAUUGGCAUCUGGAGGCGCACUCACGCGCGCACGCGCAAGUGCGCGAGCACCAAACAGAGCAUCUGCAUUAGAGCAAGCAACUGAAUUGGCAUUAGCAACUGCACGCACACGAGCACGAGCAAAUGCACGCGCACGCGCACGCGCACGCACACGUGCACAAGCACCCCGAUCAGCGCUAGCGCCAAACAGAGCACACGCAUUAGAACAAGCAACUCAAUUGACAUCUGCAGCUGUGCGCGCACUUGCAAGAGCGCGAGCACGAGAACGAACACGAACACGAGAGCAAGCACGAGAACUACUGCUAUAUUCUCGUCAAAGAUUAGCAGCAGCACGAGUUCACUUACUUCAACAACACCAAUUUCAUCAUCUAAGAGCAGAAGCAUUAGGAUUAGUAGUAGUACCUCAACAACACCAACAUCAUUAUCAAAGAACAGAACAGUUACUACAACAACUAUUACUACAACAACAACAGCGACUACAAUUACAACAACAACAACAACAACAACAGCAACAACAACAACAACAACAACAGCAACAACAACAACAGCUACAAUAUCAGAUACCAUUUGAUCAUCAAAGACCAGCUCCAAUACAAGACCAAAUUGUACAUCAAAACCCACCAGCACCAGCACCAUUACCACCAGAUGAUGAUGAUGAAAUCACAGAUUGGGAUCUUUACUUUUCGUAAUCUUGAGCUACAACACAUACAUAUACUAACAUUUUUACCAUUGCAAAUUAUUAUAGAAUCAAUUUGGGCCCAAAGUAUAUGUUUUGUUCAUUGUGACAAUUUUCAAUUGUUCUGUUUUCAAUUUUCCAAAUAUGAAGACUUUUGUGUAAAUGUUGGAACAACUGAGCAAUGAUGUUAAUUUUCAUGCAAUCAUAUUAUUAUUGUUAAUUUGUAACUGUA